GGCCCACUAGUUGCUUUUCUCUCUGCGCGAUAGUUGUGCUUUAACCCCACGUGACUAAGCGAUUCCGUCAAAGUUUGCGUUCGACCGAUUUCAUUCUAUCAUUUACUCGCUGACUGGAAAUGUCAACAUUGGCCAGAGAGAACUCAGAAGUUGGAAUGUAGACUUUCUGUGAGAAUGAAGAGUUUUGUAGUCGCCAUACCUGUCGUGCUUUUAGGAUUUGUUACAGUUUGUAAGACCGACCUGGACUUGUAUCUGGAUGCACAUGAGACCUAUCGUCUGCUCGGAGUGAAUGCAGAGCUGUACUAUGUCAGGAAGGGGAUCGUCAACAACUAUGCCCUGUCCUUCGUUCUUCCCAUCCACACCGACGUCCAGGAGAUUCUGUUUACAUGGAGGAGUCUGCGACAGGGACCGCCUGAUAUUUACUACAACAUGAGCUUUGAGGUGUCCAAUCCCAGAGCAAUGCUGGUACCUGUCGCCAACAUCUCAAACACUGGCAAAGUGCCCAACUCUCUCUCAGUCUUCAGCAUCACCUUCCCCUGUACAGGAAACAUCUCGGCCGAUGUAGAGGUGGUCAUCCAGAUGAACAUCAGUAUUUUCUCAGCUUCCAAUAUAUCAGUCCUCAAUUUCAAACGCAAGAAAACAUGUCUUAUGGACAGUAGAUACCAGAAGACGCUGAGGAACAAGUUGUACUACAACAAGGUUCAGACGCAGCCCUCAAACCCCACCAACUCGAUGAAAAACAUCAACCGCCUCAUCAACUCCAUUAAUCUGACCCAGAACCACAUCACGAUGGACGAUGCAACCACCACUGUUAAGAUGUCUACCCGGAUAUUCUACAUCACGGUCGGUUGUGCCUGUGCUGUCAUCAUCCUGAUAGCGGUGGCCGUGGCCAUCUACUACCUCAAUACUCAGAAAGGGGCCAACAGGGGCUACUCAGAGAGAAUCAAAUACUAUGACAGCACCAGCUCCCAGCAGCUGACCAAACAACAGAGUCAGACCUUUCUGCGAUCUGAGACUCCAGUAGACAACAGUUACAAAGGAUCCAGCGUGAGGAACUACUCCUGUGGGCCAUCCCCUAUUCCCGAAUGUUUUCCCCCGGACCCGCGGGAAAUACUUCAGGAGAUGGCCAUAGAUCACUGUAGGAUAGCCCUGGGAGAAUUACAGAUGGAGGGAACCUUUGGGAGGAUAUACCAGGGGACUCUACUGAGUGAGCAUGAGAGUGAGACAGAGUUAGGGGCUGACCAGGGCAUCACUGUCAAAACCGUCUCAGAGCAGACAAGGCCGGACCAGGUGCACCUGUUCCUGACGGAGAGCUGUAUGAUGCUGGGACUCAUCCACCAGAACAUUUACCCUGUCAUCGGCGCCUGCAUCAACUCCACCCUGCCUCCCUUUGUCAUCUACCCACACUCCUCCGAGGGAAACCUUAAAAAGUUCCUCCUCAAAUGCAGGGUCUCAGAGACUGGCUCACAUUACUCAUUAUCUACACAACAGCUGGUUUAUCUGGCCAUACAGAUUGUAAAAGCUGUCCAGUUCCUUCACAGAAAGAAGAUACUUCAUAAAGACAUAGCCACCAGGAACUGUGUCAUAGACAAUGACUUGCUGUUGAAGCUGACAGACAACUCUCUGUCUCGGGACCUAUUCCCCGCAGACUACCACUGUCUAGGGGACAAUGAGAAUCGACCAGUCAAGUGGUUGGCACUGGAGGCACUGGUCGAAAGACGAUUCUCCCUGGCCAGUGACGCGUGGUCAUUUGGUGUUACCCUUUGGGAAUUGAUGUCACUAGCCCAGCAGCCUUACUCAGAGGUAGAUUGCUUUGAAAUGGCAGCAUAUUUACGGGAGGGAUACAGGAUAGCACACCCAAUCAACUGCCCUGAUGAACUGUACAGUAUGAUGUCUGGUUGUUGGUCCAAAAAUCCAGAUGAGAGACCAAAGUUUUCACAACUCCUAGUGUACCUACAGAACUUUUAUGAAGCCCUGGGUCAAUACAUCUGACCGCAGUGUUUACACCCAAUCCAAAGAAACAGCAGUGUGUCCAUAGGAAUAACUCUCUAAUUCCUUGAAUCUGUUUAAGUAUUCCUCAGUUGAUUGAUUAGAUUUUUAACACACUUGAUUUGAGAAGUAUAGUUUGUCAAUGGAUUGUACUGUGGGCCAAUGAGAUUCGUUGAUUUCUCGCUAUAGACCAAUCAACAAUAAGUCGGUCAGGUUCAUUCCUAUGCGAUUCAAUCAAGGAGAAUGAAUGGUACUAUGGACAAAUUCUGAAGGCUGUAUUAAAACUAUCUAGCAGUAUUUAUAUAAAUAAUCCAAUCUAAUGGAAUUCUAUGUAACUAAGAUUGUCCAGUCAAGCAGGUUCUAGUUGGACAUGGCAGACUGACUAAUUGUGCUGGCCAAUCAGAUGGUUGAUUAUAGAUACAAACCAAUCAAACAGAUUGAUGUUUAAUAUCCUUCAGUCAAGUGGUUUUAUAAUACGGGCCAAUCGGGCAGGUUGCAAUAAACAGAGAUCUUUGUUCUCACAGAAAGCUCAACAGAGAGACAUUAUUUAAGGGUUAAGCUUCUCCAUAAGGGGAGACUACUCUAUGCCAGUAUCUUAUGUCUGCAAUAGCUUUAUAAUUCAUGGUGUAUUUACUCACAGAUUAUGUUGAUGUUUUGUGAUCAUGGUGAUAUGCAUGUGUAUAUCAUUUUUACAAAACAAAAUCAUUUGAUGCUUUCUUUUUCAUUGAUGAAAAGUUUUUGAAAUUCAGUGAUUUGUUAGAGAGUUCUAUUAAUUUAAAUGUAAUGAAAGUUCUAUAUAUUGACUACAGAAGAAGUUAUAUUUGUGACUGUGUGCUAUUUAAAGAGAUGUGGGAAUGUUUAUUAUAGAUGUAUGUUAAUGUAUAUAUAUGUAUGUCUGUAUACAACUGAAUCAUGUGUAAAGUGCUAAUUCUUCAACUUUUUAGUUUAACUUUGAAAGUUAAACGUGUAUGGUUUUCCACUGUAACAAUAAGUCAUAUGACUGUCCAUAAAAUCUAUGUCAUGUCAUCCAAUGUGCAAGGAGGCAUAAUGUAGCAGCACUGAUGAAUUGAUACUGGUGCCAAAAAGGAGUUAUAUCUGACCGUCAGCUCAAACUUGACUGUCAUGUAUUGAUGUUUUAUAAACUAAAUGUACAUAUAUAUGUAUGUAUGCAAAUCUUUAUAUUUUUUCCUUAAGGCAAAGCCUGUUAUAUUUAUUUAGAAAAGUAAUGAGUUGAUUACAAAUUACAUUGCAAGCUUUAUUUAGCACAUGGUCUCACAAAGAGAAAUGAAGGGGACACAACGUUGUAUUUUGUUUCCGUCCGUUAUAUUUGUUUACUCGUUCCUGCUUGUUUAAGACUUUGUGUCAUGCAAAAUGUACAAGACAGCAUGGAUGAUAUCGUGGACAAAGAAUAGUUUGUCAUGUAUUGGGUUAUACAAUGAUACUGUCAGUAGAGUCAGAAAUUUAUUGUACACAUUUUAUGAGAAUGUCUUUGGUUCAGGUACUGUAAAUUCCUAAUUAAACGCGCGGAAUUAAUAUCCGCGUAAAAUCGCGAGAAGCCCGUCUCGCAAAUUUUAAAAUCUCGCUUUUAAUUUUCAAACAUAUGUAAACUACAUAAAACUAUGAUAAAAUUUUGACAUUCGCGAUUUAAUGUUCUCGCGAUUUGAUGGAAAACCUAUGAAUCGCAGAAUUAAGUACUCGCGUAAAAUAAGGAAUCUACAGUACCCUUAUACCUGCUUCAGUUCUACAGGUAAUCAGUUCUACAGGUAAUCAGUUCUACAGGUAGUCAGUUCUACUGGUAGUCAGAUAGGAGUCAAGUGAAGUCGUACCCAAAGCGAAUCAUACUCAAACAGACUAAUAAUCCAUUGGUCCAGUGGUAAACAAUGAUACUUGGGUUGUAAAUGUAAAAGAUAAUCUGUUAAGGUAAGGCUUUGAUAUAAUUACAAUAAUUAAGAAAUUAUGAGAUAAAUGAUUAUAGAAUUUUUGAUAAUGUUAUGUCAUCUCCUACAGGUUUGCCAAAGAGGUCCCAUUGAUAGAAAAUUUUUGUUUACAUGCAUUCUUUAAAAAAGCGAUUAUUUGGACUGACAAAUUUAUAAAUACUUCUCACUCUUUGAAAGCAGACAUAAUAUUAUAAUUGAAGUAAUUUUUUACUUGACAAUUUGAAUACAAAUCUGUUUUGGUAUGAGUCAGUUUUGCUACGAGUUGACUGUAAUUCAGGUACAGCUUUCAUAAGUUUGGUAACUAAAUUGAUUACCACAGCAUCAAGAAUUAAAUGUUUAAAAUUUUAAUUUAUACCAGAAGUUGUUAAUAGCAGGGUUUUUCUACAGUGCUUUUAAGAAUAUUUGCAAAAAGUGGGAAAUAUGAUGGUAAGGUUUUCUUUAAAUCUAUUAACUGCUUCAGAAGUGUCUUUAUUUAAAAAAAAAACCCUCUAACAUAGCUGUACCAAGAGGGAUGGUUGAUAUCACAACAUAAGGGGUAGGGAGAAAAUGACAUGUACAAAAGUCAGAUGGUAAAAUUUCAAAGGAGGGAGGGAGAAAAUGACAUGUAUUGAAGACAGAUAGUUGGGUAAAACUCCUUACGGGGUAGGGAGAAAACGACAUGAACACUGGUGAAUCAACAUUUUCCUUCGAGUUUUGAAAAGGGGGGUGUUAUAAUUUGUAUUGUGUCAAAUGUGGCAUUGUCUUCUAGAUUUUGACAACUUUACUGAUGCCAAACAUAGUGUGGAGUAUAGUGUGGAUGUCUAUCAUUAUUGAAUUGCUAUGAGUGAUUGAUUUUAUUGUUUUAUUUGUACACUGCAAAAACAGGGUGCGAGUAAGUUUGAAGAAAUUUUCAUAUAUAUUUAAUUAUUACCAACCAUUUAUUACUAGAACAACCAUUCGUCUGAUUACAUUUCAUUUUCUUAAAAAAUAAUAAACUUUAUUUAAAAACA